UCUCACUUAGGAGUUCUAUCAUUGACACCUCACUUAUGUACCUUCCCACCUAAUGUACACCAGUCUCUUUUAAGGUUAACGCGGGCUCUUGCCGCUGUCUUUUCGGUCUAUUAAAACUACAGCUGUACAUGAUGCUUGGAAAGUCCACAAGGAUCGAACGCUAAUAUGCGGAAUCAUCCCUUUCGCGGCUUAGAGAGAGAAGGAGAUUAUAAUUGGUCUGCUAUAGGCUAGAUGCGUACGAAGGGCUCCCCUAAUAUGCCUUCUAUUAACCAAUCUGGGAAAGGAGUCCGUACACCCUCGACGCGCUCCGGUUGACCAAUAUGCGACCUAUGAUAGGUCACUAGCCAAUGGAAACCAAGACGAGGGGUAGGUAUAGAUUGGGCUAGGUAGUGUAGCUGGGCUGGGCUUGUCGGUGAAAAUUAAUAAAUGUCAGCGUGGCUCUCAUUAUGGUUGAACGUCGAGUUAUUUUGAUCAUUCGUAUAUCUCUAUUCGCGGGAGUUGUAGGAAAGUCAUAGAAUCCUUUUAUCUAUAAUAUCCUCGAAACCACAAGCAUCAUAAUAUACUAAGGAAACAAUCUAGAGCAGAUUUAAUAAGACCCCAGCGAGUUCUAUUGUCCUUAUACUCGACGCUCUUACGUCCUAGUUUCCAUCUUGACGACGAUGGGUGUAUUAUCACUCCUCAUUAGUCUCGGAAUUGGGAUCGCUUUUGCGUACCUUAUCGCCAAAGUCCUGGGCUUAUCGAAUGGCAAUCAUCCUCCUCUACCACCGGGCCCUAAGGGCCUCCCUUUUCUUGGGAACUUGAAUGACCUGCCUCAGCCAGGGGUCUUGGAGUGUGAUCACUGGUUGAAGUAUAAAGAUCUCUAUGGUCCAAUUAGCUCUAUAACGGUAAUGGGCCAAACCAUAGUAAUCAUCAAUGAUGCCAAGCUUGCCUUCGAGCUGCUGGAGAAGCGCUCGACGAAGCAUUCGUCAAGACCUCGACAGAUAUUUGCCGGAGAAAUGGUUGGUUGGGGAGAUUCGCUCGCCCUGUCACCAUACAACGACCGGUUCCGAUUGCAUCGUAAGAAUAUGAGCCAUAUUAUUGGUACUAAGAAAGCUGCUUCUCAGUUCAACACGUUACAAGAAGGCGAGGUAGGCCAUUUUCUUCUUCAUCUCUUGGAUAAUCCAGAGGGCUUUAUAAAUCACGUUAAGAAGGAAGCUGGUGCUGUGAUUUUAAAGAUUGCUUAUGACUACGAGGCGGAAUCUCACAAGGACGAUCCUUUGGUCGACAUGGCUACUAUUGCUAUGGACAAUUUCGGACGUGCUGCAGUUCCUGGAGCGUUCCUCGUUGAUGUACUGCCAUUCUUGAGACUAGUACCCGAUUGGGUUCCCGGGACAGGGUUCAAGAAACUCGCCCGACAGUGGAGGGCCGAGGUCAUGGACGUCUUAGAGAAACCUCACGCGUUCGUCAAGCAUCAGAUGGCUUAUGGAAAGAAUGAAAUAUCGUUCUUAUCGAGACUAUUAGAGGCUGGAAACCUAGACCCGGAUGUCGAAUACACGAACAAAUGGUCAGCUGCGUCGUUGUACGCUGCUGGAGCGGAUACCACUGUGUCUUCGAUUGCGUGCUUUUUCUUAGCUAUGACCGUCUAUCCGGAAAUUCAGCAAAAGGCGCAAGAAGAGAUUGACCGUGUUGUGGGGCAAUAUCGAUUGCCCAAUAUGGCAGAUCGAGAACAUCUGCCGUAUAUUGAAGCUACCGUGAAAGAGGUUCUCCGCUGGCAUCCCGUCGCUCCGAUGGCACUCCCGCACACAAGUACCGAUGACGAUAUCUGCGAAGGAUAUUUUAUUCCGAAAGGGUCAAUGUUGCUCCCAAACGUUUGGCAUUUCACACACGACCCGGAUGUUUACCGAGAUCCUAUGAUUUUCAAGCCCGAACGCUUUUUAGAGACUGACGGACACAAACCAGAACCAGACCCGCGCAUGUUUGCCUUUGGGUUCGGACGUCGUAUAUGUCCAGGACGAUACUUAGCAGACAAUGCCCUCUACCUCAAUAUCGCACAGUCACUUGCCAUGUUCAAGAUUAGCAAGUACCUAGAGAACGGCCGGGAGAUUUCACCUACCAUCAAAUUCGAACCAGGUGUAAUUAGUCAUCCUGCGCCAUUCAAGAACGUUAUCAAACCAAGAUCCCCUCACCACGAAGCAUUGAUCAGGUCGAUUGAGAAAACCUACCCAUGGAAGGAGAGCGACAGCAAGGCUUUGGCCGGCAUAGCUUGAUAUAGACAAUUGCAGAGGUAUGGAUGGUUCGUAGUGCAAUGGGGUUUGGUAAUUGGGUUGUACAAAUCUUACUUACCUAUCGUGUGGUGAGAGGGUAAUACGGGAUAGGGGAUCUAG